UGUUCGCUGUGUGAGAGAGUGUGUGUGUGUGUGUAUCCGUGUGUGUGUGUGUGUGUGUGUGUGUGUGUAAGAGAUGGGUAACGCGGAGAGCAUGGAGAGCCAGCUGGCGGUGAUCAGAUCCAGAGCUGCUCCGGUCCGCCUGCCGAUGCCAGACCCGGCCGAGCUGGAGGAGAGGUUCUCCAUCGCUCUGAACUCUAUGAACUUGCCUCCUGACAAGGUGCGUCUGCUGCGUUCCUAUGACAACGAGAAGAAGUGGGAGCUGAUCUGCGAUCAGGAGAGGUUUCAGGUGAAGAAUCCUCCGCACACCUACAUCCAGAAACUGAGAGGCUUCCUCGACCCGGCCGUCACUCGCAAGAAAUUCAGAAGAAGAGUUCAGGAGUCGACUCAGAUGCUCAGAGAACUCGAGAUUUCUCUUCGUACAAACCACAUCGGGUGGGUCAGAGAGUUUCUAAACGAGGAGAAUCGAGGUCUGGACGUUCUCGUCGAGUAUUUGUCUUUCGCUCAGUACGCCGUCACGUUUGACGGCGAGCAGUCGGAGGCCAGCGGUGACGCCUCGUCCAUCGACUCUCCCUGGAGUCGGUCAAUCGAGGAUCUCCAUGGCGACUGCAGCCUCCCGUCGCCAUCGUCCUCGGUACCGCGCGCCGCUCGCCACUCCAUCAGCUCGGCGAUCGUGACUCGCUCCAACACGCUGCCCAGUCGCCGGACUCUCAAGAACUCCCGACUUGUGUGUAAGAAAGACGACGUCCAUGUUUGCGUCAUGUGUCUGAGAGCCAUCAUGAACUACCAGUAUGGAUUCAACAUGGUGAUGUCACAUCCGCACGCCGUCAACGAGAUCGCCCUCAGCCUCAACAACAGAAACCCCAGGACGAAGGCUCUGGUGUUGGAGUUGUUGGCGGCCGUGUGUUUGGUCAGAGGAGGACACGAGAUCAUCCUGUCGGCCUUCGACCACUUCAAAACGGUGUGUUCAGAGUCGAUGCGUUUCGAGAAGUUGAUGGAACAUUUUAAGAACGAAGACGACAACAUCGACUUCCUGGUGGCCUGCAUGCAGUUCAUCAACAUCGUGGUCCACUCGGUGGAGGACAUGAACUUCAGAGUCCACCUGCAGUACGACUUCACCAAACUCAACCUGGACGAACACCUGGAGAGGCUGAAGCACACGGAGAGCGACAGGCUGCAGGUCCAGAUCCAGGCGUACCUGGACAACGUGUUUGACGUCGGGACGCUGCUGGAGGACGCAGAGACCAAAACUGCUGCUCUGGAACGAGUCGAAGAACUGGAGGAGAGCCUGGCAACGAUGUCGGAGCGUCUGCUGGACGUGGAGAAUGAAGCAAUGCUGAAGAUCGUUGAGCUGGAGAAACAGCUGAUGCAAACCAACAAGGAGCUGGACCACAUCCGGGAUGUGUAUGCGAGUACUAACUCCACGGUCCACACCCUGAGGAGGAUGGUUCGGGAGAAGGACCAGACCAUCCGGCGCCAGACCCGUCUGGAGCGCCAGGCCCAGGAGGCCCAGCAGGCCGGAGGACCUGGAGCCCCCCAACCACCCAGAGGGGAGGGGGAUGGGGGGGUGGGGGAGUCUGCCUCACCCUCCCCCCCUCCCUGCCCCAACCUGUCCCCCAGUCCAGAGACCGUAGCCUAUCACAGCAUGGGACCAGGGAUGGGCGGGGCUCCAGAGACCGUAGCCUAUCACAGCAUGGGACCAGGGAUGGGCGGGGCUCCAGGGAUGCCGCCCCCCCCCUCCCCCGCCACCAAUGCCAGGCACAGAGUCCUUCCCUGGCCCUCCGCCCAUGGCUCCUCCCCUCCUCCCCCUCCUCCCCUCCCUGUCGGACCAACGACCACUCCUCCACCCUCCCCAUGCCCCCCCCUCCCCCCUGUAGCCCCACCCCUCCCAGGCUCGGGGGGGUCACCAACCGUCAUCUUUAACUCCGGACUCGCAGCGGUGAAGAUAAAGAAGCCGAUCCAGACGAAGUUCCGGAUGCCGGUGUUGAACUGGGUCGCUCUGAAGCCGAGUCAGAUCAACGGGACCGUCUUUAACGACAUCGACGACGAGGCAAUCCUGCAGGAUCUGAACGUGGAGGAGUUUGAGGAGAUGUUUAAGACAAAGGCUCAGGGUCCCGCGGUGGACCUGACUCUGUCCCGACAGAAACUCCCUCAGAAAGCUCCGUCCAAAGUGUCUCUGCUGGACGCUAACCGGUCCAAAAACCUGGCCAUCACUCUGAGGAAGGCCGGCCAGGGGUCAGAGGUCAUCUGCCGCGCCAUCAACACCUUUGACUUGCGGUCGGUACGGGUUGACUUCGUGGAGUGUCUGAUGCGUUUCCUGCCGACGGAGGCCGAGGUGAAGCUUCUACGGCAAUACGAGAGGGACAGAAAACCUGUGGAGGCUCUGAGCGACGAGGACCGCUUCAUGAUGCAGUUCAGCCGCAUCGAACGCCUCAACCAGCGCAUGACCAUCAUGACCUUCAUGGGAAACUUCUCCGACAACGUUCAGAUGCUAACCCCGCAACUCCACGCCAUCAUAGCUGCUUCAGUUUCUAUCAAAUCGUCUCAGAAGCUGAAGAAGAUCCUGGAGAUCAUCUUGGCUCUGGGGAACUACAUGAACAGCAGUAAGAGAGGAGCGGUGUACGGAUUCAAACUGCAGAGUUUAGACCUGCUGCUGGACACUAAGUCGACAGACCGGACGCAGACGCUGCUCCAUUACAUCUCCAACGUGGUGAGAGAGAAAUAUCCGGCCAAGGCUCUGUUCUACAACGAGCUGCACUACGUCGACAAGGCGGCCGCAGUGAGUCUGGAGAACGUGCUGUGUGAUGUGAAGGAGCUGCAGCGCGGCAUGGAGUUAACCUGGAGGGAGUUCAGCGUGCUUCACAACGCCACGCUCAAAGACUUCAUCAGCAGACACGAGUCACGACUCAGCAAACUGCAGGAGGACGCACGCAUCGCUCAGGACGCAUUUGAAGACGUGGUGAAAUUUUUUGGCGAGAGUUCCAAGACAAUGCCACCGUCCGUCUUCUUCCCGAUCUUCGUCCGUUUCAUUAAAGCCUACAGGCUGGCGGAGGAGGAGAACGAGCAGAGGAGGCGUCAGGAACAAAUGUUGUUGGAGAAACUGGAACAAGAGGACGAGGACCAGGAGGAGACCAAGUCCCCCCCCCACGGGGGGAAGAAACAGCAGCAGGAGUUGCUCUCAGAGCUCAGACGACGACAGGGAAAGGACAGCCGCCAUGUUUACGAAGGAAAAGACGGCGCCAUUGAGGACAUCAUCACAGCUCUGAAGACCGUCCCCUUCACGGCCCGAUCGGCCAAACGCAGCUCUCGCUUCUUCUGUGACCCCGCCCACGCCGAGGAGCAUUACUGA